AUGAGUGAUUUAUCUGAUUAUUCCCCAACAAAGGGAGCAGAUUCCGAAUUACAAGAUUUUCUUUUGGCUGAGAAACAAAAAGCACAGUUUCAUGCUCAGAUUCAUGAAUUCAAUGACUUCUGUUGGGACAAAUGUGUGGAUAAACCUGGCGCAAAGUUAGACUCCCGUACUGAAACUUGCAUUACUAAUUGUGUUGAAAGAUUUAUUGAUGUUUCCCUGCUAAUAACAAAUCGAUUUGCACAAAUGCUAGAAAAAGGAGGAGGCAUGCAAUGA